CCACACAAACAAAACAAAAUCUAAAGAGGCAGAGAUCAAGGCCACAAAGGAAAGGGCUUUCGUCUCCUAUUUUCUCCUGGAGAGAUGGGUCUUGCUUUCAAACCGCCAUUGACAUACUUCUCCCCAUUUUCUUCGCCUCAUCUACCUCCACGCUCAACUCCUUCUUGGCCCCUCCAUCACUCUAACUCUACCUAUAACCCCAACACUUGUCUUUCUCCACUUCCAAUCUAUGCACAUUCCAAGUGGCCUACAAACACACACUCCUUCGCCAUCUGGUAUCGCUACUCCAGCAGUGAAGAAGAAGACGACAACCAUAGCUUUGACGAGGCAGUUUCCCUUUUCAACCAAAGGGAAUACUAUAAGUGCCAUGACUUGCUUGAAGCCUUAUGGAACAAAGCCGAGGAUCCCACUAGAACUCUCAUUCAUGGUAUUCUACAAUGUGCUGUUGGAUUCCACCACCUUUUUAACCAGAACCAUAAAGGAGCAAUGAUGGAGUUAGGUGAGGGGCUGUGUAAACUUAGAAAGAUGGAUUUCGACGGUGGACCUUUCUAUGACUUUGAACAAGACAUUUCUGCUGUUCUCAACUUCAUUUACAACACUCAAAUUGAGUUGGCUGCCUGUGGUGAUGAUCUAUGUGUGACAAUGGAACAAUCAGAGAGGUCAUACCUUCUCCUCGGAGCCUAUGCUGCCGGCCAGCACCUUUAUCAUCUAGAAAUGGAUUCUGAUCAAGUUGUGUAUAUUGUAUUUUGCCCUCAAAGACCUAAUGGAUCUACUGCUCAUACUUCAGCUCCAUCUCCAAGAGUAAGGCUUCCAAUUCUGAAAGCUGCUGAGGACCAUCUUUUGGUCUCUGAAUAAAGUCAUUACAGGCAUCCAUCUUUUGUAUAUGGUAUAUAUAGUGAAUAAUCGGUAAAAGUACUAUGGAGGCCUCUGUCUUAGGAUUUAAAUUGCAUUUUGCCACCACUUAUUCAAAAAAUGGGUAAAUUUGUCAUUGAACAUUAGAUCAAAGAGCAGAUGAGUUCUUUCUGUUAAAACUUGUGUGGCUGACAAAAUAACUGCUAUUGUACCUUAUGCUGAUGUAUAAGGACUAUUUUCUAAAAGUAGGAAUGGAUGGAAUGCUUAACAGAAAAGCUAAUUUGCUCUUUGAUCUAACGUAUAAGGAUUACUGUGCUCAUUUUUUAAGUAGAGGAGACAAAAUACAGCUCAACUCAUAUAAAGAUUUCCGUGGUACUUUUACUUGAAUAAUCCAAUCUAUUCCUUCCAAAA